AUGACAGACCCUUUCCGCCCCGGUUUGCAACCGGUCUCUCAACUCAAGGCUGGACCGACAACGUCCAGCUCCAGGUGUACCGCAUUACCUUCCCCGAUCCAACCGCCCUUUACACGUCCCUCAUCUCGACUUAGAACAUCAAGGGCCUCUCAGCGAGAGGAAUUAUUAGAUGCUGGGGGCGAAAAAGCCACUCUUGCGCUGAUUCGACGCGUGCUCUGUCCGCAAGCAAGCCAUGGCGCCUCUCCGCAGCCUCCGGAAGAGCUGUUACCUCCCCUCACGACCUCCAAUGACGUUGACCGUCAACUUUACGCGAUUUUAGCCAUUAUAAUGAAGGAGUUUGUCUACUCGUGGUACUCGAAGAUCACACCUGAUCAGACAUUCGUGAAUGAGGUGCUACACGUCAUUGCACAUUGCACCCGUGCUUUGGAACAGAGAAUCCGGAAAAUCGACGCUGCACAGUUGAUCCUGGAUGAGAUUCCAGCGCUCGUGGAAGCACAUUUUAUUUCCUACAGAUUAGCCAAGCAACAGUCACAUCUAUCUGGCUUGCCAACUUCACAUAGAGCACUCUACCAUGAGCUGAACCCCCAUCCUGGGUUAACACCAGUUCCCGAUUUUGCAGAUCCUGAUACAAUCACCGCACAGUCUGAGAAUGAGGCUGUGUAUCGCCAGCUACUAGUCCAUGGCACUUUGGCGAUUUUGUUACCCACAGAAGAUCUGGAAAAUGGCAGUCUUCGCACACUAGUCGGAGACAUCCUGGCAGACUUGAUCCUGGGCAAAGCAGUGGGGGACAGAAUAUGUGAAGGAGUGUUCCUCUAUGAAGUCAUCACUAAGCUCACCGAGACAAUGAGACAUCGUAAAAGCCCCGAGAAAGAAGGCUCCAAGAGCAAUGUUUCCACUAAUCGACUAGAGAAAUUUGGUCUGCUUUCGACCAACGAGCCUGCCAACCCGCAAUCAGCCAGCCAAUCCCAGGCCACAGUCUGGCUAUGGAACGUUCUUCAAAGCAUCUAUGUUGGUUACGUUGCCUUGUGUUUCAUUGUGACGGGUCUGUUCCGCGUCGCGUCGAAUCCAGGGCCAGAAUCCUCGCACAGAGCCGGUGUUUCAUUUCCCUCUGCAACGCCAGUGUCCCCAAAAGAGGACAUCGAGUCCUUACUGUCAAACAAUAUCACCAAUAAGCGCCCGGUUCUCGACUAUCGAGCGAUUUCAAUGGUUUCGCAGUUACUUAAAAUGUCCCAAAGAAUGCCGUGGCUUUCCGGGCUCGUUUCCCUUAUUCAGCACCUGAUCCUAGCGGGACCAGGUCGGAUUGGUGACACGGACGGAGUCAUUGACAGAUUCCUCCGGGAAACCAUUGACGAAUACGUCCUGCCCCCCACUUUGUUGCCCAACCUUCUUCUCGCAACGAGGACCGCUCUUUUCCCGGCCAAUGCCCGUCCAGUAUUUCCAGCGGUGGCCGCUGCGAGUAGUACUGGUGCCCCGGCUUCGACUCCACAGGUGUCCGUGCCCGCCCUAACGCCUAGCGUGAAAGCUCUCACCACGGUUCCAGCUCCUCAGAUACCCAUUACAGAAAGAGCCACAGCUCCUGCGUCGGUGACUGGUACCGAGGCAGUUGGUAAAGGUAGUACCGGCAGUAGCAGCAACCAUGUUACUAGUGUGAACAACGUUGGUACUCCCAGUAGCGGUGGCGUCAAUGAUCAGCUGCUCGCAGCAGUAUCAGGAUCUACUCCAUCGACGGCAGAGGCGACCUCUACAAACUCACCAACCGGAUCGGAGAUAAAAACUUCGCCCUCUGAAACGGAGAUCGCCGCUACCAAGCGGCGAUGUGCAGCUAGUCUCCUGGCUUUCAUUCCGCGCAAUGUCGCACGAACUUACUUCGGCGUUCCGGCUCCCAGACGUGAUCGUACCUGCGGCGCCACCACUGGGAGUUCGUCCUCCCUGACCACCCCUCCGUCCCCACCCGUAUCGGCCGACGAGUGCGGUGGGGACCAGACCCGAUCGUCGUCCCGGUCGAAGCGAACGUCACCGCUCCCAAACGACCCAGCGUCUACCCUGUCAGAGCCAAGUGGCGAUUCAAUUGCCGCUGGCAAAUCCCGCACAGACAUGGAUGACGAGGUCGAGAUGACACUGGAAGACUUGCUCCUCUUACAGUCCAUCGAGACAGAUCUACUGGAUCCUUUCUCAGAUGACUACUGUAACAAACAUCUCGUCUAUGCCAUCAUCGAGACUGUCUUAGCUAAGAUCCUCCCGGAACUAGCUGAGAGCAGUGUCGGUGAUCUAAUGGAGAGACGCGGCAUUGUCCCCGUGCCCGUUGGGUUCUAA